UGCAUCAUCAUCCCUCCCUCCCUCCCUCCCUUUUCCCCUCCUCCCAUCUCUCUGUGUCUCUCUUUGCGUGUGAAUAUUCUGCUGCUCAUCUUCCUCCUCCUUUCUGUCUGGUUGAAGCUUCCAAGAAGCGUCUUUUGAUCGAUCGUGAUUGCCGUCGUCAUCACCGUUGAAUUGAAUAAGGAUGAAAGCUCCGGAAUUCACCCGUUCCUUCCCUUCUUGCUGAAUUCUUACCUGGGACCCUGAGGUAAGACAAUUUCAGCAAAACAGAGCUCUCAGUUUCCGGGAACUGUCCAUUUCUUCCAUAAUCAUCCCAUCAGAGUCUCUUGUCUUGGUUUCUUAGCAUCUGGGUCGAGGUCGAAAUCACAGCUCUAUGAUCAUUUGACAGUUCUUGACUUGUAAUUUUGCAAUAUCACAGGGUAGAGAUAAGGGUUGGAUAGGAUAGGAUAGUUCCUGCUGGUUUGAUGGAUAAUUAUGGUUCUUCGCAAUACCCGUAUCACAAUCCCUACGGUUACCCGCCUCAUCCCCCGAACCACCCGUACCCUCCUCCUAAUCCUUACGCGUAUGGUACUCCCGCUUACGGAUACCCGCCUCACUAUCCUCCCCCAUCACACACUGCCUCCCAUUCGGGCCCCAUAGAUUACCACCACUCUCCUCCGCCUCAGCCCCCUGCCACCUCGCACUCGGGGCCAAUUGACUACCAUCACCAUUACCACCAGCCAAGUCCUUACCCUUACCCCUAUCCAGCCUCACCCCAUCAGCAAUCCAACCUCCAACACCAGGGCAGCUUCCAGUACGGUUCGUCCCAUCACCAUCACGAGAGCCACACUGAUGCCCCCUCCCAGACUGACAGUUCCCGGGUUGAUGCCGCCCCGGCCAACGACAAUGGAUACGAAUCGUCUGCUUCUCAACCGUCGAUAUAUCCCCCCUUGGACGAUAUGAUGAACAACAUGCGUAUCUCUGAUCACCAGGUGGCUGCCCCAGCAUCUCCUUCUGCCCCAUCCAUCACGCCCUUGCAUAGCUCUCCUCCAAGCGCAAGGUUCAGUAACAGUCAAAGCUUGGGCCCGAUCCCAGGCCAUUUCUAUGGGUACCCUAAUGACUCAUUCUCAGGCAAUUGGGAGGAGAAUUAUAAGGUUCCAGAAGGCGCUCAUGGUCAACCUGCCUAUGCCCACUCGAGCUCCUUCGGUGGCAGUUCGAACCAUAACAGCCAGAACACGCAAAUCGUUCAGAUUGGGCCUUCUAAAGGGUCCCUAAAGGUCCUGCUCUUGCAUGGGAACUUGGACAUUUGGGUAUAUGAGGCAAAGAAUCUCCCCAACAUGGACAUGUUCCACAAGACACUAGGAGAUAUGUUUGGAAGAUUGCCUAAUACUAAGAUCACGAGCGAUCCCUAUGUAUCUGUAUCGAUCUCAAAUGCUGUGAUUGGUCAGACUUAUGUGAUCAGCAACAGCGAAAACCCUGUCUGGAGGCAACACUUUCACGUCCCGGUGGCUCAUUAUGCUGCAGAGGUUCUCUUUCUUAUCAAGGACAGCGAUGUGGUGGGUUCCCAGCUCAUGGGGACCAUUGCUAUUCCAGUGGAGCAGCUCUACACCGGGGCAAAGAUUGAGGGAACUUACCCAAUACUGACUGGAAGUGGAAAGCCCUGCAAGCCAGGGGCUGUUUUGACACUAUCAAUCCAGUACAUCCCUAUCGAGAAGCUAAGCAUUUACCAUCACGGAGUUGGGGCGGGCCCUGACUAUUACGGGGUACCUGGGACGUACUUUCCGCUAAGAAAAGGUGGGUCUGUGACCCUUUAUCAGGACGCUCAUGUCCCUGAUGGAUUCCUCCCGAACAUAACCCUUGAAAAUGGAAUGUAUUAUGCCCAUGGGAAGUGUUGGCAUGAAAUCUUUAAUGCGAUAAGACAGGCCCGGCGUUUGAUUUAUAUCACUGGAUGGUCUGUGUGGCACAAGGUGAGGCUCGUGAGGGAUGGUAGCUUGGGGUCAGACUGUACACUCGGGGAGCUUCUAAGGUCGAAAUCCCAGGAAGGAGUUCGCGUUCUUCUGCUUGUUUGGGAUGACCCUACUUCGAGGAGCAUCUUGGGUUACCAGACAGAUGGAAUCAUGCAGACCCAUGAUGAGGAAACUCGCCGCUUCUUUAAGCACUCUUCUGUACAGGUGCUUCUUUGCCCUCGAGUUGCAGGAAAGCGCCAUAGUUGGAUAAAGCAAAAGGAAGUAGGAACAAUCUACACGCACCACCAGAAAACUGUCAUAGUUGAUGCUGAUGCUGGGAACGGUAAAAGGAAGAUCAUAGCUUUUGUUGGAGGACUUGAUCUAUGUGAUGGGAGGUAUGAUACUCCUCAGCAUGAUCUGUUUCGGACACAACAGACAACUCAUAAAGAUGACUACCACAAUCCGUGUUACUCGGGAAGCACUACUGGUUGUCCAAGGGAAGCAUGGCAUGACCUUCACAGCAAAAUUGACGGUCCUGCAGCAUAUGAUGUUCUGACAAACUUCGAGGAGAGAUGGCACAGAGCUGCUACGCCCCGUGGUAUUAAGAAACUGAAGAUUUCAUAUGAUGAUGCUCUGCUCAGUAUAGAUAGAAUCCAUGACAUUCUUGGAAUAUCUGAUGCCCCUUACAUCAGCGUAAAUGAUCCUGAAUCUUGGCAUGUUCAGAUCUUCCGUUCGAUUGAUUCAAGCUCUGUGAAGGGCUUCCCGAAGGAGCCAGUAGAUGGAACUAAAAUGAAUCUGGUUUGUGGAAAGAAUGUGCUGAUUGACAUGAGCAUACAUACAGCAUAUGUAAAAGCAAUCCGCUCUGCCCAGCAUUUUAUUUAUAUUGAGAAUCAGUACUUCAUUGGAUCCUCCUACAACUGGAGUCACUACAAAGACUUGGGUGCCAACAAUCUUAUUCCAAUGGAAAUCGCUCUUAAGAUUGCCGAUAAAAUCAGAGCGCACGAGAGAUUCGCUGCCUACAUUGUUAUUCCUAUGUGGCCGGAAGGUGUACCAACAGCAAAUUCCACGCAGAGGAUUUUGUUUUGGCAGCACAAAACGAUGCAAAUGAUGUAUGAGACGAUUUAUAAGGCCUUGGUGGAAGUCGGGCUAGAGGAUGCGUUCGUCCCACAAGAUUUCUUGAACUUCUUCUGUCUCGGGAAUCGUGAGGCUGUAGAUAUGCACGAUACUUUGGCAGCGAGCCCUACUGGCGCUCCGGCUAAUUCUCCUCAAGCUCUCAGUCGAAAAAAUCGUCGUUUUAUGAUUUACGUCCACUCAAAAGGCAUGAUACUGGAUGACGAGUACUUGAUAAUGGGAUCAGCCAACAUCAAUCAGCGUUCUAUGGAGGGGACAAGGGACACCGAGAUCGCUAUGGGCGCCUACCAACCUCAACAUACAUGGGCUAGAAAAUCGUCAAAUCCACAUGGACAGAUCUAUGGGUACAGGAUGUCACUGUGGGCAGAGCACAUCGGGACAAUUGAGGACUGCUUCACAGCACCCGAGAGCCUCGAGUGUGUAAGAAGGGUCCGAUCAAUUGGUGAGAUGAACUGGAAACAAUAUGCAGCGGAUGAAGUAACGGAGAUGAGAGGGCACCUUCUGAAGUACCCGGUUGAAGUAGAUCGGAAAGGCAAGGUUAAGCCCCUUCCCGGGAGCGAAACCUUCCCUGAUGUCGGAGGAAAUAUCACUGGGUCAUUCCUUGCCAUUCAAGAAAACUUGACCAUCUGAUGCGAUACCAGUAUCUAUAGAAUGACUUCUCUUUAUACUGUGAAGGAAGAAACCGUGGUCUCAGUUCCCCUUGUAUGUUGUAAUGGCCGCAGCGCAGUGAUGUUUAUAGUUGAUUUUUUUUUAAUUGGAUUGAUUUUUAUUGGGAGUACAUCAUCUUUUGUAACAAUUUUGCUGUUUUUCUUUAUGAUGCGUUUCGAGAGAAACCACCGAGGAUGUAAUGUAUUUUGUUAUACGUUGGAUCAGUACCGGGAUAAUGUUGUACUGUACAUUGAAAGGAUAAUAGUUCAUGCUUUUGGCCCUACUUCUGCUGGGAGGCUCCUAAAGGUCGAGCUUGCCACGGACAAAGGUCGGAAUUGCUGCUUAUUAGUCGUA